AUGAACUGGCUGCGGGGAAGCCCCGCCGAGCGGGAACCCCGCGUCGACGAAGACCAGGAGCCUCUGCUCAACGAGGACGAACACAGCCGUCGCUCAAGCCAGGAUGAAGAAUCUACGACACUUCAAGUCGCUCGAAAGACGACCUCAAGGCGCCGCUUCAUCGUUCUUGGUGUUCUCCUCACAACGAGCAUCACCUCCAUCGUCGUCGUCAUUGUCCUCUUGGCAACUCACACACUCUUCCCCAAACCCGAGGACCGCACCCAUCGCAUCCACCACUCUCCCAUCAAAAACAUCGUCGUUCUCGUGCAGGAGAACCUCGCUUUCGAUACCAUUGCCGGCGGCCUCACCUACAAUCCCGACAUCGAUAACCUCGUGAAUCACAACUUCUGCAACCCAGUCAACGUCUCCGAUCCAGACUCCCCGCAAAUCUGCGCAAAGCCGAUCGCCAAAAACAUCGCAGCCGAUGACCCAGACCACAGUAUCGCCGGUGGGAAUCAACAGGUCUACGGCACCUACCACCCCGACCUCUCCAUUCACACUCCAUCUAUGCAGGGCUUCGUCACGGAACAGAUGCGCGCCCACGGGAUAACCAGCGACCUCUCGCGCGCCGCGGAGGUGAUAAACUACUAUACGCCGGAACACGUCCCAGUUUUCAACGCACUCGCAGAAAAUUUCCUUCUUUUCGACAGAUGGUUCGCGUCCGUCCCUGGCCCUACAAACCCUAACCGCGCAUACCUCACCUCGGGCACGUCCCAUGGCCACGGCUUCAACGAUCCCGGCUUCGAUGUCUCAGCCCUCCCUCAGCUUUCCAUCUUCGAACAACUCUCUGCAGCAAAUAUCUCUUGGAUAAACUACUCCAACGCGACCGGCUUCGCCCCCGACGCGCUCUUUUACCACUGGGCCGCGACAAACGCGCGGCAGAACAUCAAGCCAAUCUACGACUUCUACGCGGACGCGCGCGAGGGAAAUCUCCCACGAUUCACCUGGAUAAACCCCGAAUGCUGCAGUUACACGUCGUUCCACCCACCGUCGCCGAUAAAUCUCGGCGAGGACUUUGUGAAAUCGAUCUACGAGGCGCUGCGCGCAGGUCCACAGUGGAACGAGACACUCUUCAUCCUGACCUUUGACGAACAUGGCGGCUUCGCCGACCACGUUCCGCCGCCGGAGAACGUUCCACCCGGCGAUAACAUUCCAUACACUGAGGUCGCGGGCGACGGGAAACCGACGACAUUCCACUUCGAUCGGCUGGGCAUCCGCGUUCCGACAAUUCUGAUCUCGCCUUGGGUGGAGAAGGGGGCAGUUGUGCAUGCGCCGAAGAAUGGAAAGGGGGAGUAUACGCAUACGUCAAUCUUGAAGUAUGUCGCUGAGCUUUGGGGAUUGGAGAUUCUUGGGCCGCGCGUCGAGUGGUCUGCGAGCUUCAAGGAUCUAAUUCACAAGAAGAAGAAGAAGUUUAGAGUUGAUACCCCGGUCGUAUUACCCAACCCAGCGGUUUUCUAG